AUGUCGCAAAUCUUCUUUAUUGGAGCAACGGGUCAUAUUGGUGGUGCUGUGUUAGAUCUCGUCUAUCAGAAGUAUCCAGAUGUUCUCAUUCACACAUUGGUGCGAGAUGAGAAGAAAGGCAAAAUACUUGUGGGCAAGUACCCGCGAGUAACGUUUGUUAUUGGGGAUCUGGCAUCUUUGGAUCUCUUGACUAGAGAGGCGAAAAAAGCGGAUAUCGUUAUCAGUGAGUGACUGUGUAUUUUGUCGAUCGGAUUUGUUGCUGUGGAACUUCCCCUCCUAUUGUCGCUUAUCGCGAGACAAUCCACGGCUACCUGAACCCCCUUAGCUUUAUCAGGGGGAAAGAUACCAAGACAUCCAAUGAUAUUGCAAAUGAGAAAGAUCAAUCUCGAUAUUCAGAGCUGAGAUUAAAGUUGAUCCUUGGUCUUGGACAAUCUCUGAAUAUUGAACCUUUCGUGCAACAUAAUCCACUCACUGACCCUCUCGUGGAUGCUGGUCCCGACGUCAAGCAAGACGUAGCUAUCUCAGCCAUUCUUGAAGGACUAGCAAAUCACUCCCCAAAAGCAUAUUAUAUCCAUACUUCCGGCGCGUCGCUCAUCUGGGAUUCGCCCGGUAGCGCCCCAGCCGAACCCAAGAUUUUUGACGACGUGCUCGAUAUUCAAGCGUUAAAAUCUUUCCCACCCACCGCACUCCACGCUACUUCUAACGCCCUCGUAUUCGCCGCAUCCCCCUCCACAAACAUAGCCAUCAUCUCCCCCACCGUCGUCCACGGACUCUCCCCCUCUCCCCUCCACCCAACCCCGCUCUCCCUCCCUCCCCUCCUCUCCGCCAUCUCCACCACCCAAUCCGGCUUCACCAUCACCCCCACCACAAACCUCCAAUCCCACAUCCACGUUCUCGAUCUCGCUCAAAUCUAUCUCUCCCUCCUCUCCUCCGCCCUGCAUUCCCGCUCUCCCGAUCCCCAAAAAUGGGGCCCAGAAGCCUUCUACUUCGCUUCAUCCGAAGACCUCUCCUUCAGUGAAUACAUGACGGCGCUGAUCUCGAAGCUUUCGAAUUCACCUUAUCAUCUAGUCCACGAUACACAGAUCAAGGAACUCCCAUUUUCCGAAGCGGUAACAGUGGCUGGGACCUUGACGUCGUAUUUAUUCGGUAUAGAUAUGCAGGCGAGAAGUACGAGGGCGAAAGAGAGAUUGGGAUGGGUACUCAGAGCGAAGAAAGUGGAAGAGGGAUUGGACGCGGUCCUUGAAACGUAUUUUAAGCAAAUAGAUGAUGGGAGUGGAAUGCAGGAGUUGGACGAUACGUAUAAAUUGCGGAGUUUUGCAUAG